AUGCUAGAACCACAUUUAAAAAAACCUAGCAACAAAGGUCUGCCGUUUGCUCCAGAAAUAAUGAUUCUCGUUACGUUGAGAUACUAUGCUACUGGGAGUUUCCAAAAACUAGAUGGGGAUGUCAUGAAUAUAUGCCAACAGUCAGUAUCAAGAAUCAUAACUACUGUGUCUAAUUCAAUAGCAUUACAAAUGAAAAUGUUUGUAAAAUUUCCAUCUACAGUGGAAGAUAUCAAUCAAGUAAAACAAAAGUUUUUUGAAGUGGCACAAUUUCCUGGAGUGAUAAGAUGUAUUGACUGUACACAUAUUAAAAUAAGAAGUCCUGGUGGAAUGUCUUCUGAAGUGUAUAGAAACAGAAAGGGUUUUUUUUCAAUCAAUGUACAGGCAGUAACAAGACCUAAUUUAGAAUUUUUUGAUUUGGUUGCACGUUGGCCAGGUAGCACACAUGACAGCUUUAUAUAUAAUAGCAGUUCUGUCAAACAAAGUUUAAACAUUGGAGAUUUACAAGGACAGGGUAUGCUACUUGGAGACAGUGGAUAUGCAGUCAGCAGUGUGUGCCUAACACCAUUUUUGUCACCUAAUAGUAUUGGACAAGAAAUGUAUAAUAAUUAUCAUAUUAAAACAUGGAAUACUGUUGAGAGGACCUUUGGAAUUUGGAAACGGAGGUUUCCUUGUCUCCAGAUGGGAAUGGGGGUCAAAAAGGAAACCGUUGUGGCAGUGAUAUGUGCAUGUGCCACACUGCAUAAUAUAUCAAAAAUGUUAGAUGAUGUCAUGAUGCCUUCUACUGAUGACACUGAUGACAAUAUAUUAAUCAGUAACAUCGAUAAUGUUCCUGUACAAGAAAACCCCAACAGUAAUGGUUUCUUGGUCAGACAAUCUGUUGUCAAUAGAUUUUUUUAUUGUAUUGUAUUGUAUUUUAAUUGUUUUAUUUUGUAA